UUCGUAAUUUCGUAGAUCGACUUUUGUUGUGUUGUUUUGCGAUUGCGGGUUGUUGUUUUUCUGGGUCUUUCUUCUAUUCAAGGGACUUAGAACUAUUAAUGUUUAAACAAAACUUUUGCAUCGAGCCCCAAAAUGUCUGCAAAAUCAGAUAUAUUGAAAGACACUGUGACGGUGUUAAUUAAUGCUGUUGGUGAUAGUGACAAUACAGUCAAUAAUGUUGUUAUCAAAUCUUUAUCAAAGGUAGCAAAUAUUUAUCCUAAUGAAGUUAUAGAAAUAUUUUGUGAAUUCUAUAAAAACACGGUCAAAGUUAAUACGACACAGCUGGGAAAUAUUGUGAAAGUUUUAGAGCAAACAUGUGUAAACCAGGUAAAGAAACUAAAAGAAAAUGUGGCUACCGAGUUAGUCAACUCUAUGCUCCGCGCAAUGUCAGAGAAUCCACAAUAUGAGCCCACAGUGCAACUUGGAGCGUCAUCUGUUUUAGUGGCUAUUGGACAUGAACAUUUGGACUUGGUGCUCCGUCUGCUGAUCAACCAACUUUCGCCUGCCUCCGUUCCGCAUUACACCAUCGCGCACACUCUUGGCACGCUGGCGGCUGUGAACACUCACGCUGUGGUGCCACACGUCAAGGAAAUCCUCGGCAAGAUGCUGCCGCUAUUACCACUCGUACGCAACGAUGCGGUCAAGCAGGCGUUCGCUUACGCUUUCGGCCAUUUUGCGGUUGCAGUUUCUGAACAAAUUGGUGACAACGUGGAGAGUGGCAAUAUAACAUCAAUAAAAGAAAAUUUUGUCACGGAAUUUUCUAUUAUAUUCGACGUGCUGUACAAUCAGUGGUUAACACACAACGAGCCAAAAGUUUCCGAAUCUGUCCUAGAAGCCCUCGGCCCUAUAACCAGACUCAUUUCCGAAAGGCAAUUCAAUGAGACUGUCAACAAAUUUGUGCUUUCACUACUGUCUUUGUACAGAAAACCGGCUAUAAAUUUCUACUAUAUCAGUCAAUGUAUAUCGUAUUUACUGUCGCCAUCGCCGUUAAAUCCUAAAUUGAGUUUGAAUGACAGUGUAAUAAAUUCUAUAAACCACGUCCUUUUUAAUUUGAUUGUGUUGGAACCUGAUUACGACCAACCCCACACUGUCAAAAACCACUUUGAAGUGCUUCGCUGUUUCGAUCAUAUGGCCGAACAGUUUUCAGAUCAAACGAUUGAAAGUCUGCUACAUCAAUGUAAAAAUAACCACGAAAAAGAUCGCAUGAAAGCGGUAAUCAUUUUAACUCAUUUGACGACUUCUUCGCAAGUUUUCACAGAGACAUAUUCCACAAAAUUUAUAAAUAUACUAAAAGUUAUGACUACUAUGGAACAAGGAUUAAAAAUGAAAAAGUUACUCGUGAAAGCAAUCGUUGGUCUGGUGUAUAGAAAUUGUAUUAUAAACUCUGAAGAUUUCACAAUGGUGGAAUUCAUAAUUAAGAAUUGUGGUUGCGAGGCGCCAGCAAACGUGUCGAAACAAGAAAUAAUGGAGUUACAUGAUACUUGUAAGAGCUCCUUGAUACUUAUGUGCAAUACAGUAACAGGUGUUCGCACACAGCUUAGGAGUUUGCUCUUGACAGCAUUGACAGUUGAAGAUUUUACUCCAUCUUUAUCAACAAUAAGCUUAUGUCUAACAUCACUCUUACAAAACAAUUCUGACGCUAGUGGUGACGAUCAAAGAGAAAAAUUACCUGAAGUAAAAUACUCACCCGAUUUAGUAUUCGUGCGUUGUAUAACUUAUGUCGCUGAUCCUGAAGAAAUAGAACGAAAUAAGAACCUCCUGGUUUUCCUGGAAGAAUAUUCAGGGGACGUCCAUAAGAAUCUGAAAAACUCUUGGACGGUGGAAAUACAAAGACUCCUAAAGUACGUCGAAAAGAUUGAAUCUAAAGAACAGUGGCAUGACAUGUUAUUGGUUCUUUUAGUAUCGGCGGUGGAACAGGUGAAUAGCAAUAAAUGGGUUGAAAGCAUAUCUCAAAUGAUAUCAUCGCAGAUUCUUUCAAAGAAACAGCCACCCAUAAUAAAAGGAGUUUCUCUACAAUAUUUAGCCAUAUUAGCGUGUCACAUGUCUAAUGCUGCGGUGGUGGAAAACGUUUUGAAGAUAAUCUUAUUUGCUCUUAAAUCAAUUCCAGUGGAUAGUGUCGAAUACGUGAGUAAAGCAAUAGGUAUAGCGUCGCGACAACAUGGAGAGUUUGUCCUUAAUGAACUUGAUGCCACGUACAAAGAAAACGAGUCAAAACGCAGCAGUAAGAUUAUGCAUUUUUUGUCCUCGCGUACCUCGAAAAACGAUGCUGAAGUAAGUGUAGUCAAGUAUGCUUUGAUAACAUCAUAUGGAAAAGUUGCUUCAGAAUGCCUUGACGUACAUGUUUUGGCUAGAUUAGGUGAAAACGUUACCUCGAUAUUGUAUGAAAUUUUGAAGUCUAAUCCUCCUUUCGAUAUGUGUAACGCUACUGUUGCGACCCUCUACCACAUAAGCAAGGCGUUGUAUCCUGCGGCACACCAUAACGUAGCAUUGAGGAAUAGGUGGCAGCUCUUAAAUGCUGUUUUAGAACAAAUAUACAAUCCCAAUUUAGAAAAAAGAAACGUAGAGCUCUAUCCUAUUAUAGUAAAAGCUUCAAAAGCCCUAACUAAAUUACAAAAAGGAAUUCUUCCUGAAGAAAGAAAUACGAUAAUACGUGUGUUUUUCAACAGCAUAUUUGAAGAAUUAUCUUCCUUUAAGAAGAAAUAUGAAAUCGAAGGCAACGGUGAAAAAAAUGACCUUCUUGCCAAGACAUUAAAUGAUAGUCUUACACUACUCCAUCAACUGAUAAAAGAGCUGAUAAUACAGUCUACAUGUCUUAGUACCAUUGACGAUCUAGUUGGCUUAAUCAUUGAAUGGCUCCGACACGAAAAUGACGAAAUUCGUACUGCGUCUGUUUUGAUUUUGCAAGUUAUAUUUGAUUCUUACUUCAAAAAUGUCAAACUGAAUUAUGAAACUCCAAGUAAAUUCGGUCAGAUGGGUUAUUUGCUAGGCCUAGUAGUGCCUGGUGUAUCUGAUACGAACUUUGCCGUAAGGCUGACUACUAUAGAUUGUAUAAAACUAAUAAUCCAAAUACAGGAUUUGUAUGAGGGAAUCACUAUAGAACCUAACGACCCGUGUAUGGGAAAGCUUACUGCUUUGCAAAAUAACGUACUGACGAAUGAUAUUAAUAUGAUAUGUGACUAUUGCGUGGUGUUAUGUGAUACUAUUUCACCGAAAAUACCACAUCAUCACACGAUGCAGUUUAUUGAAAGCUUGUUGGAAAACUAUGAAAACCAUGAGUACAGAAAUGUGGGUAUUAGUGCUAUUCUUGACGCGUUCCUAAUCAAAAAGGGACAAGACCUGUUCCAAAACGUAGAAAGGAUAGUGGAGGUUAUGCUGAGGACCAUGGAUGCGGUUGGGGAUGAGCCGAGCUGGAGGUUGAUGAAGCCGAUGACUUCAUUGGCUCGACAUCAUUCAAAUGCUGUCACUGCUGUACUUUUGGCACAAAGAAUUCCAUUCAAACCAUGCGUAGUGUCUUGUUGGAGGCACUUGGCGCGUGACGAAACCCUUGGAUCGCUGAUAGUCGACAACUUUUUGAGACUGAUGACUUCAAUAGAGCUUUACGAAGACCCGUAUCAUAUCACGGAUAAUCAUAUAGCUGCCCUCCAGCCGUUGACUCUAGUCAGCGCUUUGGGAGAAAUGCUUCAAGAAGAGGCCAUGGAUUCAACAUGUGUAUCGAAGUUCCCAGAUAUGUUCUGCGUCCUGUACACCACCCUUGCCUGCUACAUAGAAGCGGAGCCCCCUGCGUAUUCCCUGCCUGCGAACAAAACGCAAGAACGGUUCGGAUAUAUUCCCAACAGGGAUGCUAUAAAGCUCUCCCCGGCUAAGAUUACAGUUAACACAUUCAAUGCCUUCCUCGAACGGGCGGGUUGUCAAAAGGUGAGGGAAGCCUGCUCUUUGUGCCUGAGCGUGGAGCACGGUGACUCGGCAUCUACCCUAGUGGAGUUAGCUCCGAUACUAGGUGGGGCAUUGAGUAGGGAAUGCCCUCAACAUUUGGCCCGCCUCGUGUCGAAGGCGGCUGGAUACGCUCGAUCGCCUUUACCGCCGCAAAGGGCCGCGGCUUUGGCACUGCUUGCAGAUUUGCUCAACUACAGAUGCAACGAAAACGACGUGCUAAUAGAGACGGUGCUGGCCACUCUGAACACUGGCUGGAAAGACGAAUCAAGUCGCGUGCGAGCGGCCUGCAUGCGCGGCGCUGCCAAUGUAGCGAGACUGACGCCCGCACAUCGCGCGCGCGCCUUGCCGCCCGCCCUCGCCGCGCUCAGCCACGGCGUCGACGCGCCCUACACACUGUCGGUAUCAGACAACGUGCCACUAGCAGCCAUCCAAAGUCUCACCAGACUGCUAUCGGAGACCGAUGAACUCGACAAAGAGUUCGAGCGGGAACUGCUCUCUAUAUCGCAGAAGAUACGGCCGUUUAUGAACACGGACUGUGCACUGUUAAGAGAAAGCUCCAUAAGGCUGUUUGGGGUUAUAGCAGGAAGAGUGUCUGAGCCGUUAAUCGAUCAGGCUAUUGCGUCAUUACCGUGCUUCUUGCUACAUCUGUGCGAUGUCAAUCCAGCUGUGGUUAGGGCCAGCAAGUUCACACUGAAGCAAAUCUUCAAGAUUUUCAACGUGAAAAAGUCAAACGACCUCGUCCAGACUCACCUCCUGGACGAAGGCAGGUUGUACCUGGACGAGUUCUUAGCGGCGCUGGUGCGGCAGUUGGCGGAAGAGAUGCCUUCCAGUGUGCCACGAUGUCUGCAGGCCGCGGUUAACUAUCUGCAUUGCCAGCAGGAGCAUAUGAAGCCACGACCGCCAUUGUUACUGGGACUCCUGUACGCUGAGCUGUACCGCAUAAGGGAGAAGACCUUCGAAGACAUGGAAUUGGACCCCGACGUGACUCGCAACGCGCGCGCCCGCCUGCUGCAACUAGUCAAAGACACUAACCCACAGGUCCGACAAAAUGCAGCACUUGCUCUGGCCAACGUCUGCCUUGUAGACGCGCAAGAUGUAUGACGGUGCGUGCUUCACAUGUUGCCUUUCUGGGAUGGGAGGUUUGUCAUCAGGAUCAAUUAGUGUUUACUUCUACCGACGAUAUAUUGUAAGAUUAACUUUGUUACUCAGAAAUCACGCAAAUUCAUUUAAUAUUUCAUUAAGUCACGUGUUCUCUCAUUCUAUUGAAACCGCAAAUUACGUGACAGCAUAAACUUUAAAUAAAAUAAGUUUCAACGGUAUCGAUGCACUGAUUUUAUUUAUUUAUUGACGUUUCGUCGUCUGAAUAAUGAUUUUAUUAUACAAUUGAAACGUGUUUUAUUUAAUGAGUGAUGUGCGUGAAAACCUAAGAAACAAAUAGCAUUAACUUUAGUCAAACUUAAAAGUUAAAUGAGUUCUCUGAAUGCGGCGAUGAAUUUUGGAAAAGCUGCUGUUUUACGAGUUGAUUUGAUCAUCGAGAUCGAUCGAAUGCUUACGAUGACUGUGAUCACAUUCUAAAUUCUUUUUGGUGUUCAUUAUCUUAAAAUUAGCAGAUUUU